AUACGCAUGCGUGAAGUAAUUAUGUUCAUCAACAAAUAGCUGGUUUCCUGUGUUACUACCGAAAAUGUGAAAAUUCUUAACAAAAACACAAUGUUUUGAUGGAAAAAAUACAACAUUCUUUAACAUAUUAUGAAAGAGAUAUUUGUACGAUUAUGACGUGGGCAAAAAUGAUUCUAAAUUUUCAUUAUACAAAUGAAUCAACCGUACAUAGCAGUUUCAACUGAUUCGCCCUCAGUCGCACUGGAUAAUAAAUCGAUCAAAAUGACCAAAAAGACACGUAAAUGGGAAGUGUUCCCUGGAAAAAAUAAAUUCUGCUGUAAUGGCAGAAUAAUGAUGGCCAGACAGACGGGAAUAUUUUAUUUUACUUGUACUCUUAUUGUUGUUACUUGUGGACUCUUCUUCGGAUUUGAUUGUCCAUAUUUAGCUGUUCAUGUCACUGCCGCAAUUCCAGUGGUUGGAGGGGCAUUGUUUAUCUUUGUCAUGGCAACUCUAUUCAGAACUAGUUUUAGUGACCCAGGUGUUAUCCCAAGAGCCUCACCAGAUGAAGCAGCUGAUAUUGAAAAGAAAAUAGAGGUUCCAAAUACAACAUCACCAGGAACAUACAGACCUCCACCAAGAACAAAGGAAGUUAUAAUUAAAGGACAAGUGGUUAAACUUAAGUACUGUUUUACAUGCAAGAUAUUUAGACCACCAAGAGCAUCACACUGCAGUUUUUGUGAUAAUUGUGUUGAAAGAUUUGACCACCAUUGUCCAUGGGUUGGAAAUUGUGUUGGGAGAAGAAACUACAGAUAUUUUUAUUUAUUUAUCCUGUCAUUGUCCAUUUUGUGCAUCUAUAUAUUUGCUUGUGUUUUAACUCAUUUGAUAUUACGGUCAAAAGAUGACAAUUUCCUGCAUGCCAUGCGUGAUUCACCAGCAAGCAUUGUUGAAGCAAUCAUCUGUUUCUUCUCUGUCUGGUCAAUCAUUGGUCUAGCUGGUUUCCAUACCUACCUGGCUUCUUCAGAACAAACAACCAAUGAGGACAUUAAAGGAUCUUAUUCAGCAAAAAGGGGCCAAGAAAAUUUUAAUCCAUUUAGUCAAGGAUCUAUAUUGAGAAAUUGCUUAGUAGUUUUAUGUGGACCAACACCACCUAGUUUGAUAGAUAGACGAGGUUUUGUAGUCCCAGAAUGUAGUCCCAUACAUGAUGGCAUGCUGGCAUCAUCUGGUAAAGAGUCAAAUGCAGUGAAGAUCCGACAUGAAAACUAUGGAUCUACAACUCAUUAUAAGAACUCAAGUAAUAUAGGAACAAAUACAGCUGGGGACCCAGUAGUUGUUUCUAAUGGCAACCUUCCUGUUACCAAGCAUGAUAUGAUAACUUAUCAAACUACUGAUGGCACAGUAAACAACCAUCUACCUACAGUGAACGGAGGGAAAAAAUCAUUGUGGAAUAUGACAUUGACCCAGUUAAACUACCCAGAUCAACCACCAGUUGUUUUCCAUGACACUCCACUAGUCAACUUUCCAUUAGCAGAAGCUGAAGUAGGACCAUACAUGAGGGACAAUACUAAUGCUGUUUCUCGUGGAUGUAGUACAGAACUGUCACCAUUAUAGUACUUACUCAAAACCAACUUUUUAUUACUGUAAAUGAAUUGAAGAUGAAGCUCCAUUUUAAGCACUUUGUUAUUAAGUCAUUUAUAUUUCAUGUUUUCUUUUCAUACAUAAUAUUGUUUGUACUUUAUCACUUAGAGUCUUUAUCUUAAUGUUGUUAGCUACUACAGUGGACUGAUCAAUGGACCUCAGAAACUAUUUCCCUGCAAUAUGUUACUUUUUUUUUCAAUUUUAGUACAUCAUCAAUAUAUUAAGGCCAUUUGAGUUGUCAGAAAUAUUUAUUCCACCAUCAUGAAAUAUAUUAUCUGUGUUUUUUUUCUAAUCAAAACUUAUUGUGUUACAUUGUUUCUAGCUUUUGUAUGAUUUAAGAUUGUGCUUUAUUUGCUCAGAUUAAUGGUGAAAAUUACUUUGGUCAGGACAUUUUUUCUCCUUCACAAAUUAGAUUUUUUUUUUACCUGUUUAUCAACGUUUAUUUUAUUUUUGUUUAUUCAAUUCAAAUAGUCCCUAAUUUUGUUUAUCAAUCUUCAUUAGUGUAAUCCUCAGCAUAAUAAUAAAUAAAAUAAGGCAGUAUGGUGACCUAUGAGUUGCUUACUUCUACAACAUUUGAUCUAUGAUAGAGAGUUGUCUCAUUGGCAAUCAUACCACACAUGAUUUAUUUUAUUGUAUUGUAGAUAGAAAGAUUCAAUAAUUAGCAGUCAUUAUUAAAAUUUAUAGAAAAUAAUGCAUCCCAAUAUUACCCUAUCAGCAUUUUCAAUUUGUGUUAAAUGACAAUUUUAUGAAAAGGAUUGAUCAAAAUAACCUGGCUGCUCAUGAGAUGAAAAGUGUAAGUUUUGUGAUCUCAUUCCAAAAUAAGUUGCUGAAUUUGUAGACAUUAAGAUAGAAUUACAAUGAUUGAUUGUUUGUGUUUAACACCCCUUUUAACACUUUUGUUUGGCUUUGUAGUAGUAUUCAGUAUUUAACUGUGAAGAAACUAGAGUGCUUGUAGAAUAAAAAUGAAAUGACCAAAGUGAUUUUGUACCAAGUAUUAACAGUGUGCGAGUGUUCAGUUUCAUUUGUGCCAACGAUUUUGUAUAUGCGGUAUUUGAUAUCCAGACUAUUUUUUUAUGAAACUGAGUAGUUAAAUAAUUUGUUUUUUUAUAAUAUUUUGACAAAGGGUGCCUAUUUUCUGUCACUUGAUUUGCUUAAGCUUGCAUGACAAACAGCUAUUUUUAUAUUGUUGUAGGUUCAUUCUACCUCUCACUGGGGGUAAUGCUAUCCCUUUGUCAGCAUGGAACUUUAGUAUGUGCAUAUAUCUUAUAGAGAAUUAACUUAAUUUUAUAAGUAAUAACUGUGAUAAAGGUGUAUAUUCUUUAAAAAUUAAUCUAGCAUUGCUGUAGAAUGUAUGUUUAUUAAUAGUAAAUCAGAGUCAGUCAUUUGUACAGCCAUCAAAUUUUGACCAAAAUAUUUUGCAUAGGAAAAACGUUUGUAACAGCAGAUAAAGUUUUUCAGUUUCUUUGAAAGCAAACAUAAUUUUUGCCAUUUAAUAUGAAAGAAAGAGAUGUAUAGAUUUAAUUGCAUUAUAUAAUACAUCUCUCAGUAAAAAAAUGAACGAAUUCUAUACUAGAAACAAAACCAUUAUUGUGAAAUGUGUAGAUGUAUGAUAUAAACUUGCUUCCAUUGGUGUGUACAUAGAUUAGUCAUCCAUUGUAUUUAUCAUUGCUUAGUUUGAACAUCUUGAUUAGUUAACAAGACCUGUUGCUUAAUGUUCGUUAUUGUAAAGUUGAAAUUGUACACAAAAAAUUUAUCUGAAAUAAGACAUUUGUAUUUUGAAAAAUUAAUUGUUAGCUUUGGUAUCUACGUUUAAUAGGUAGUGUUACAUGCAAAUAUCAAUCCGUGAAUGUCCUCAGGUUAAAAAAAUAUUGUGAACAUCUUUUGGACCAGUGAGACUACAUAUUCCAAUCCUUUGAAGAAGUAUCAAGUGUAUAGAUAUAACUGAUGUCUGUAGUAAGGUUGUCUGUAAAUCAUUAUAUAUAUAAAUCAUCUAUUCUGUGUAUGGUAUACAUUCCAUAUCACAAGCUUUAAACUAUAUUUAUUUCAUUGUUUGACUUUGUCAUAAUUUAUAAACCAAUCAUAUUUAUUGUGAGUAGAUAUAAUAUUUGUUGUAUAUCAACAGUAAAUUGCCAGGGACACAACUUUUUCUCCAAAAUUGAGAUCUAUGCUAAUUAUAAUUACAAGAAAAUUUAAACAGAUUUAAUCUGAUAUCUUUAUUGAAAUAAAUGAAUUCAUGGGACGACGGGAAUAAUAGUUUUUAGUCUCUGUAUUAUAAACACCAAUUACAAGCUAGAUAUCUCAUGAUUUACAAUACAGGGCUUUCAGUGCCAUUCAUCUGCCCUGAUAAUGUCAUACAACAGCUAUAUGUCUCAAAUCAGGAGGUAAUUAUUAAAAUAGAACGGAUGUCAAUGACUUUAUUAAAAUUGAAACAUUUUAUUAAUUGAGAAGAAAGAUAUGUGUGCAUUAUAUUUUGCUUUUUGUAUGCAUUUCAUAUAAAAUUCUUCACAUUUUAUUUGAUGUCAAAAUAAUGCAAUUCAAUGAGAAAAUAUUUAAUACAAAUUCAGUUCAUGAAAAUAUCUUUAUUUUGUCAUUGUAUUUCUACAUAUACCAUGAUAUACCAUGGAAAUGAUUCUAGACUCAGUUUUGUUUUUAAUAUCAAUUGAAAACAUAAUAAUUUUUCAUUUGACUUAUUUUUGAAGUUAUUAUAUUUGUUUAUGAUAUUGAUUAUAGUUUUUGAAGUUAAUGAGAUAAGGUUACAACAUCUGAAGUUCCGGGUAUUGGGUCACAUUUUUUUCUUAUACAGCAUCACAUUCAAAGGUUUAGGAUUAAUUUGUCUUCCAAGCAACACAUUUGAUCAUGUCUACUAUUAAGGAUUUUCCUUAUAAAGGCUUUGAAAUACUUGGAUAAAUAUAGGUCUUUUAAAAAAAUAUACCUCACAUAAUUUUAUCAAUUUGGCUGUGUCUAUAAUGUUUGUUUUAACUUAAUUUGAAAGUUCCUGGUUAAACUAUUCACUAUGUGUCCUGCUUCUUGAAUACAGUUAUAAAGUCUUCAUAUUUGUUUAAGCAGUAUUGGAAAAUGUAUGAAAAAAAUGUAUAAUAGACUUAAAAUAAAUGUUAGUAUGCAUAUAGUGCAAUAUAAAUUUUAAUCCGGAAUUGGAGCACAAUAUUCAAACUAUAUGUAGAAUUCAACAGGGUAUCCUUAUUUGCUUACAGAUGUUCAUUUCCUCCAAAAGAAAACUACUUUAAACAAAAUCAUGAUGGUCCAUAUAAAAUUGUUGACAAUUUUCCACUUACACAAGUUUUGGCUUUAGAAACUUUUUUGAAAAAUAACAACUUGUAUGUAAAUUCUUUGUUGAAGGUUGUAUUAGCAAAGAAUUUGUGUAUUCUCUGUAUAACAGCCACCUGUGUGGUUUGUUUAAACAAACAAACAACAAUAUAUAUUACAUUUUAAGUUGCUAAAGACGGUUUUGUUGCAUGAAUGUUCAUUUGGAACAUACAGUUUUCAGUUAUUAAAUGAAUAUUAUGGAUGUUAAAAAUUGUUCAUGGUUUGUUUUUAUAAUUAUGAUAAUUAAUAUAUUGUGAUAUGUGAUAAGCACUUUCAUGGCUUACAGUGAUUAAUUUUAGCUGUACCAUAAUAAAGACAUCAAUUUCUA